AUGUCAGAUCUAGACAGGCAGAUUGAGCAGCUGAAGAAGUGCGAGCCGUUGAAGGAGUCGGAAGUCAAGGCUCUGUGCUUGAAAGCUAUGGAAAUCCUCGUCGAAGAGAGUAAUGUUCAGCGCGUUGAUGCUCCGGUGACUAUAUGCGGAGACAUCCAUGGCCAGUUUUAUGACAUGAAGGAGCUUUUCAAAGUAGGAGGAGAUUGCCCAAAGACUAAUUACUUAUUUCUUGGAGAUUUUGUUGACAGAGGAUUCUACUCUGUUGAAACAUUUUUGCUUCUGCUUGCCCUUAAGGUGCGAUAUCCAGAUCGAAUAACACUCAUCAGAGGAAAUCAUGAGAGCCGUCAGAUAACACAGGUGUAUGGUUUUUAUGAUGAGUGUCUACGGAAAUACGGUUCUGUAAAUGUAUGGAGAUACUGCACGGAUAUCUUUGAUUACCUGAGUUUGUCAGCGCUCAUUGAGAACAAAGUUUUCAGUGUUCACGGAGGUCUGUCUCCUGCAAUAUCGACCUUGGAUCAGAUCCGGACCAUUGACCGAAAACAAGAAGUGCCUCAUGAUGGUGCCAUGUGUGAUCUCCUUUGGUCGGAUCCUGAAGAUAUUGUGGAUGGUUGGGGUUUGAGUCCGCGUGGUGCAGGUUUUUUGUUUGGUGGCAGUGUGGUUAGUUCUUUCAACCACUCAAAUAAUAUCGAUUACAUUUGCCGCGCUCACCAGUUGGUAAUGGAGGGAUACAAAUGGAUGUUCAACAACCAAAUAGUUACUGUUUGGUCGGCUCCAAAUUACUGUUACAGAUGUGGUAAUGUAGCGGCAAUACUUGAGCUGGAUGAGAACCUUAACAAACAAUUUCGCGUAUUUGAUGCCGCCCCACAGGAGUCGAGAGGAGCACCAGCCAAGAAGCCAGCACCUGAUUACUUUUUAUGA